AUGAACUUUUGGACUGAGCACCUGGAGAAAGCCCACACAUGGAAGAACUACCUCCAGGCCGGCACCAAGAGCUGGAAGCCGCCGGCACACAGCUGGACAACAUCCCCCAAGGAUCCGACCAUCCCUGGGAGGGGGGGCGGCUGGUUCUGGGCUCUGCUGCCAACACCUGGGCCCACUCGAUAUUCCUCGGUGGGCUGCAGCCCUCCGGUCGACAGGUGUUCCCACCUGAGCCUCGGCCUGCUGGACUUCGGGGCCUCCUACACCUUCGUCCUCUCAGAGGUCUCUGGUCAGAUUGAGGCUGUGAAGCUGGAGGACGUGGCGGCUAACGACCUCGAUCAGGCUUCCUUGUCUCUGCCCUCCAGGGAGGACUACACCACCAACACUUCCUCGGCUAAGAUGUACCGCGCGGCGCUCCUCAGCCUGAUGGUGGACGUGGCCGUGAUGCUUGGCGCCCCGGAGAAAGCGGCCCAGACCCAGAUGGAAAAAGCUCUGGCUUUCGAGACCAAACUGGCCCAUAUCCUGAUUCCGUACGAAAACCGGACCAGUGAGAGCAUGUACAACAGAUACACUCUGUCCCGCCUCCAGCGCUCCAUCCCACAGUUAAAUGGCUUUUCCAUCUUAACCAACCGGAUCCGACAGCUAACGCUCGUUAGCAUGAAGACCCUCCGGGGUUUUGUGAGCGCACAAAUGCAGAAAGCCACCGUGGGAACGCUGUUCUUAAACGUCCUGAUGACCCCUCCGGAGCGGGCUGCAGAUGGGGUUGCCGUGGCGACCGGAGUUUCCCAAAAAUCCAGCCAGGAGGAGUUCUGCGUGACCCCCGAAUGCAUCGAAGCAGCGGGGUCUAUUCUCAGUAAAAUAGACCAGUCUGUGAACCCCUGCGAGGACUUCUACAGCUACUCCUGUGGAGGCUGGUUAAAGGAGAACCCAAUCCCCGAAGACUCCUCUUCCUACGGGAUCUACCCCUGGCUGCGCCAGCACGUGGACAACAAACUCAAAGAGUUACUGGAAGCUCCUUCAGAUGCUGAUGAGCUGCAGGCCGUGUCCAAAGCCAAGAUCCUCUACCGCUCCUGCAUGAAUGAAUCCCUCCUGGAGGACGCGGACGCCAAACCGAUGCUGCGGACCCUGCGGCGGCCGGCCUUCCGCUGGCCGCUGGUGGGGGAGGGUCUGGGCGGGGACUACCGCUGGGCCCAGAGCCAGUGGAGCCUGCUGGAGACUUUGGCCCAGAUCAGGAACCAGCACAGCAAGAGCGUCCUCAUCCGCCUCUACGUCUCCCCCGACGACAAAAACUCCUCCCACUACAUCAUCAAGCUCGAUCAGGCUUCCUUGUCUCUGCCCUCCAGGGAGGACUACACCACCAACACUUCCUCGGCUAAGAUGUACCGAGCUGCGCUCCUCAGCCUGAUGGUGGACGUGGCCGUGUUGCUUGGCGCCCCGGAGAAGGCGGCCGAGACCCAGAUGGAAAAAGCUCUGGCUUUCGAGACCAAACUGGCCCAUAUCCUGAUUCCGUACGAAAACCGGACCAGUGAGAGCAUGUACAACAGAUACACUCUGUCCCGCCUCCAGCGCUCCAUCCCACAGUUUGACUGGCUGGGGUUUGUGAAGGCCGUGGUGGAGUCGGAGGAUGACCCGGGCCGGACCGUCUCCUCCUCUGAGCCCGUCAUCGUUAGAGCGCCCCAGUACUUCAAAGACCUCAUGAAGCUCCUCAACGCCACAGACUCCAGGACGGUGGCCAACUAUGUCCAGUGGAGGACGGUUUUUUCCAGAAUCACCACCCUGAGCCGGCGCUUCCUCUACAGAUACCUGGACUACGCCCGGAUAACAACAGGAACCACGUCCCUGACCCCCCGCUGGGAUAAAUGUGUGAACUACGUGGAAAACUCCCUGGUUUACGCCACCGGACGCCUGUUCGUCGACACACACUUCCAGGAGGACAAGAAACAAAUGAUGGAGGAGCUGAUCGAGGGCGUCCGAUGGGCAUUUAUUGACAUGCUGGAGAAGGAGAACGACUGGAUGGAUAAACCAACCAAGAAGAGAGCAGUAGAAAAGGCUCAUGCGGUCCUGGCUAAGGUCGGCUACCCCGAGUUUAUUUUAAAUGACACCUACCUCAAUGAAGACUUAAACCAGCUCCAGUUCGACGAGAAGGAUUACUAUGGAAACGUGAUGCAGACCUUGAAGUUCAUCGGCCAAUCGGAUGUGGCCUGGCUCCGGAAGAGCGUCCCGCGGACAGAAUGGUUUACAAACCCAACUACUGUGAAUGCCUUCUACAGUUCAUCCACAAACCAAAUCCGCUUCCCUGCUGGAGAGCUUCAGAAACCCUUCUUCUGGGGAAAAGAGUAUCCACGAUCUUUGAGUUACGGCGCCAUUGGGGUGAUAGUUGGACAUGAAUUAACACACGGCUUUGACAAUAACGGUCGCAAAUAUGACAAAAACGGGAAUCUGGACCAGUGGUGGAGCGAGUCUUCAGUAACGGCCUUUAACGAGAAAACUCAGUGUAUGAUUGACCAGUACAACGGUUACCACUGGAGCGAAGCUGGACUCCACGUUCGCGGGAAGAGGACCCUGGCAGAAAACAUAGCAGACAACGGGGGAAUAAGAGAAGCAUUCAGGGCGUACAGGCGGUGGGUGGAUGAGAGCAGAGGUGGUGUGGAGGAACCCCUCCUGCCAGGAGUUUCACUAAAUAACAACCAGCUCUUUUUCCUGAGCUUUGCACACGUUCGAUGUAAUUCAUACAGACCAGAAGCAGCCAGGGAGCAGAUCCAAAAUGGAGCCCACAGUCCCCCGAAAUACAGAGUUAUUGGAGCAAUGAGCAACUACGAGGAGUUCCAGAAAGCGUUCGGCUGUCCUGAUUCCUCGGUUAUGAACCGGGGGGGGCAGUCCUGCCGGGUGUGGUGAAUCGGGGCACCACUGUUUACGUUGUGAUUUUAAAAACUAACCUGAGAUAAAGCUGUUUGCCUCUGAAACUAACUGUUUGGGAUAUUUUACAGCUCUUCACACUCUUCAAAUAUAUUUCAUAUUAAUCCUUUCUACACUUAUACAUAAAUUAUUACUUAAUGUCAAAACGACAUGUAACAAAGUCGGUUUUACAGCCUUUACAUUUUUUAGUGAUUCUAAUCUCUAUGGUGAUUAAUAAGAAAUAUUGUAGAUGUGAUUAGAUUUUAAAAGCGAGUUGUGUGAUUUCAGUUUUUCUAUUUCCAUAAAUUAUUCUGAACACAGAAAACCAAAUAUCAGUUAACAUCAGGGCCUUUUUUAUCAAUACUUUAAUUAAUUAAUGUCAAAACUAAAAAUGAAACAGAGAAAUGAUGAUUCAUAUAAAAAUAUAUAUGUACAUAAAUAUGUACGCACAUACACAUUUGCGCAUUUCUCCUAUUAUAUUUCUAAGGACAUGGACCCAAAAUCUCUUUCUUUAUUUUUUACCUUGUUUUUAGGUUUGUGGGAGUGCUUUAUGUUGUUUAACUCAUAUUUUGUGCAUUUAUUGAGAAGUCAGUUAAAUGGUUAAAUGUGAUUAUGAAAAAGCAUCUCAGCUCAGAAAAAACUAAGUUAGUUUUUUAUCUUUACAUUAACUGAAGAUGGUGGAUAACAUAUUACAGUACACUAUAUUUUAAUCCAUGUUUGGUUUGUUAAAAUACCUUUCUGGAACAUUAUUUCUCCCUUUAAAAUGGCUCUGAAAUGGAUUUAACAUUUGCCCAUAAUCUCUUUAUUAUGAAACCAUUUUACAUUACUCAUUAGGAUAUUUUAUUUUUAUUUUAUGGUCCAACUUGAUACAAUUUUGUAUCUAAGAUGCAUAAUAUAGAUCUAUUUCAAUAAGCUAUUAGUUAUGUUUCUGUACUCUCAUUUUUGGUGCCAAGUAAAGGUCAAUACACAUUUUUCCAUGCUGGACUUCUGUGGGAACAUUUUAACAUAAAAAUCUCAUUGUGCCAUUAAAAACGGAUUUCUGCCAAGUGAGCUCUGACAGAUGUUGCACACUGGAUCUUUAACACUGAGGCUCUGUCCAUUUAAGCUUUUAGUUGGAGAAAUGUAAUAAAAUAUGUGUUUUAUAUCAUUUUUACAGUUACUUGGAUGGUGUUGUUUCACUUAUCUAGCUGCAUUUUAUCAAGAAAGUUCUUAAAAUCUUAUCCUAGUACACUUAUAAUCACUCUAAAUAUGAUCCAGUUAAAUACUAAUCGUUAUUUUUCUGAUAUACAAUAUAAAUGUAUAUAUAAAAAAGCUACACAAACCAAUGAAUUGCUUCAAAUCCUGACUUUGAUUCAUGCACAUGGUCACAGUGGGAGGGAAAAAUCCCUUUAAACAGGAAGGGCAGGAUAAAAAAAGACAGGAAAAACAGAAACUUGUUGGGAAAAGAACAAUUCUCCAUUAGCUUUGCCUGUAGCCACCAAAUAUAAGCUGAACGGAGCGUAAUUGUUCAAUAUAUUUGGAAUAUUUUAGAUUUUUAGAUCAAAUACCAUCCUCUAUUUGUCUUAAUUCAGAAAAAAAAAUACAAAUAAUUCUAUUCUCCAAAAUGGUCCCUUCAGAUGAAUGAUUUGAAACGUUCAUGGCUUAUUUCUGAAUUAUAAACAUCUGUUGCUCUUCUGUGUGAUUACACAAUGUUUAUGACCAUUUAUUUAUUUUCUUAUUACUGCUACAUGUCGCGUUUUUUUCUUAAAAAUCAGAUAUUUUUGUAACUGUGAAGGAAUUUAGCGUCU